UUGGGAGGGGAAGCUACUCUUGGCAAUUUAAUAACAUCAAAGUGAACGUAGACUAAAUAAACAUUGUAUCGGUAUGUUUUAUUACCUUUUUUAACGGAUGUCACCUGGAAAGAACUGGACAUUGAGUAUUGUGUCUCAACACACACCGAAGUAUAGGUGCCAUUUAUAGCAUUUCCCUAAGUAGCUGUGAGAGUACAACCCAGAUAUUGUUGCUUCUGUAAGGUCACCUUGGUAAGAGCCGAUUGUAGGAGCGUCAUGUUUGAGCUUCCUUCACACCUGGGGCAACUGUCAGGGUUGGGCCUACUAUGGACCGGCCUAUCAGGGGCCUACGUCAUCAAGGGUUUAUAUCAGGUCAUCAGGGGCUCUACUGUGCACAGGGACUUCGAUGGCGAAAAGGGUCUACUGCGAUUUACCAAGAGACCUGUGCGGCGCCUGUUCCUCGGUCUGGGGAUGAACGGAGCCAUCUGUAUCGCUGUGUACAACUCUUACUGCUUCGGUAUCCAUGACUUUGGCUGGCUCCAGGGCCUACUCAACAGGGUCUCCAACCCUGGGGUCAUCAACACAGAUGAGAUGUCUACAUUGGUGGGUUGUAGCCUGCUGUUUUCCCACACCCUACUGCGCUGGUACAGCAGUGUGUACGUGAACGUGUUCAGCUCCUCUUGCACCCAGGACCUGCUGGACUGGCUGGCCCCUCACCUCUACACCGUCAUGGCUGGGCUCACACUCGUCUCGGAUGCUCCACCCCUCGAUGGGAAAGGCUUCGGUUGGUUCAGCACAUCAGUGCUGAGUUGGCGCCAUGCAGCCGGGGUUGCCCUGUUUGCGGUUGUCUCGUACCAGGACUACCAACUGCAGUACCAGCUGGCCAGGUUGAGGAAGAACAAGAGUGGUCAUGUAGUAAGUGAGGACCACAAGCUGCCCAAGGGAGGAGUGUUUGAGCAUGUCUCCUCUCCUCAGUUCCUAUAUGAGAUCCUCAUCCAGGCUUCCAUUGGAGUAACCCUAGGGUUUGGACACCAGGCGUGGUGGCUGUGUACAGGAUACGUGGCAGUCAGUCAGCUGGUACGGGGUCUGGCUAGACAGCGCUGGUACUGCAAGAAGUUCGAGGCCCUGCCCGCCGGCCGCAAGGCUGUCAUCCCAUACCUGAUGUAGGGGGCCCAGUACAGGCUGUCAUCCCAUACCUGAUGCAGGGGGCCCAGUACAUCACAGCCCUGACCGGGGGCUGCAAGGCUGUCAUCCCAUACCUGAUGUAGGGGGCCCAGUAUAUCACAGACACUGGGCUGACUUGCGUUGAACUUAUAUUAAACAGCAUAAUCAUGAAUGUGUGUACAAAUAUUAUACAUUAUUUACAAUUUACUUACAAUCUUUUGUCUUCAUGACAGCAUGUUAUGCAUCAUAUUACUAUUAUUCUGACUUAUUGAUUGUAUGCAUAUAUUUUGUUUGAUUGCCAUCUUAGGCAUAAUUAGGAAUAUAAAAAAUUUAGAUUUGUAACACGAUAAACUGGAAACGUCUUCCAUAGCUGGCUUAUCAAAGCACAGUUUGUCUUUAUUAUAUGAACAUGAACUGUUAGCUAUAGCAGUGUAUACAACAUAACCCCAAGCACAAAUCCCAGACAAAAUGCCUUCUUAUCAUUUAAACAAUAUAAUUUAAUUAAUAUUGCAAAUGAUGCCCACAUUGUUGAAAUGUUAAUUCCUUGUUACAACAGUAAUUAUGUCCCCCUUCGAAGAAGAGGGGGUAUAUUGUUUUGCACAUGUCGGUCGGUCCGUCGGUUGGUCUGUCCGUCCACUAGAUGGUUUCCGGAUGAUGACUCAAGAACGCUUAGGCCUAGGAUCAUGAAACUUCAUAGGUACAUUGAUCAUGACUGGCAGAUGACCCCUAUUGAUUUUUAGGUCACUAGGUCAAAGGUCACAGUGACUCGAAAUAGUAAAAUGGUUUCCGGAUAACUCGAGAAUGCUUACGCCUAGGACCAUGAAACGUCAUAGGUACAUUGAUCAUGACUGGCAGAUGACCCCUAUUGAUUUUCAGGUCACUAGGUCAAGGUCACAGGGACUCGAAAUAGUAAAAUGGUUUCCGAAUGAUAACUCAAAAAUGCUUACACCUAGGAUCAUGCAUAUGAACAUUGAUCAUGACUGGCAGAUGACCCCUGUUGAUUUUCAGGUCAAAGAUCAACGUCACAGUGACUUGAAACAGUAAAAUGGUUUCCGGAUGAUAACUCAAGAAUGCUUACGCCUAGGAUCAUGAAACUUCAUAGGAACAUUGAUCAUGACUGGCAGAUGACCCCUAUUGAUUGUCAGGUCACUAGGUCAAAAGUCAAGGCCACAUUGACUCCAAACAGUAAAAUGGUUUCUGGAUGAUAACUCAAGAAUGCUUACGCCUAGGAUCAUGAAACUUCAUAGGUUCAUUGAUCACGACUGGCAGAUGACCCCUUUUAAUUUUCAGGUCACAAGGUCAAGUUCACAGUGACUCGAAACAGUAAAAUGGUUUCCUGAUGAUAACUCAAGAAUAAUAGGCCUAGGAUCAUGAAAACUUCAUCGUACAUUGAUCAUGAUUGGCAGAUGACCCCAAUUGAUUUUUAGGUCACCAGGUUAAAGGUCAAGGUCACAGUGACACAAAACGUAUUCACACAAUGGCUGCCACUACAACUGACAGCCCAUAUGGGGGGGCAUGCAUGUUUUCCAAACAGCCCUUGUUAAAUAUCAUUUCCAUUUAAAUGCCCCCCCCCCCUCCCCAUCUAUUGAUGAUGGAGACAUUUAGUGAUCUACUCUUAUCUGUACAGAGAAUCAUCCAACAUGGCAUAUUUCACCCCCAACAUCAAAUAAUGCUGAAGCUUUGAUGAAUGUCUUUGAAGAGUGGUUCUCAACAUAACCUGACCUCAUCUUUGACAUGGGCAUUGACCUAAUUUUGGAGUUAUAUUAUGGGUUAAAUGGGAUGCACUAGUAAUCUGUUAUGUUGGUUUGUCUGCAAUCUUGUUAUUCACUGGUGCUUUUCUGCUCAUCUACCCACGCGAGGUUACCUUCUCUCCCAUCAUUCUAGGGAACUGGUCGUCGGGUAUGCAAGAUUGCUCAGAUAUUUACCACUGAAUACUGACAGUUGUAAAGUAACAUAUCUUCAUGAAUGUUUAUUCAUGUAUCAUGUGCCCUGUGCAUGGAUUAUGUGUUUGAGUGGGUCUUAUUGACACGUAUAGCGUGAAUGUAAAUUCAGAUAUAAAUAUUUUGAUACUUCUUGGACCUUAUGUUCUUUGUUGUUUACAGAUUUUAUUUUUAUACCUAUAUUACAAUUUAUUGCCAUGCUUUCCUUACUUAUAUUGGUUGUAAACAGAGCUUUUUUAACUUUAUUGCUUUCAAAAAGCUAAUCACUCCAUAUGUAUACCUAUAAUUUAAAUAAUAAAUAAACAAACAAACUUCACAUUAUUUGUCACUACCGAAGGACAGAGUUGGCAUAGAUCUAGUCACUACCGAAGGACAAAGUUGGCAUAGAUCUAUCAAUGUGUAAAGUGGCUUGAGUUCAACAACAAAAGCAUUCCUUAGACUUAGGAAAAUGUUUAAAGAAAGCAACGAAAACUUAUAAUCACAUAUGCUGAUGUGUUUUUUUCAAAUAAAAAACAAUUAAUUUUCAUAAUACAUUUCAAAGAUGAUACAUUUUUGCAUACAAUCAAUUUUAACUAGAGCUUUGUCACAGACGUGACGAAUACCCCCACAUGCCGCAUUGACACAGAAUAUUGUGCAUGUUGUCUUCACAACAAAUGUUUAAAAGUGACCUCGUGACCUAGUUUUUAACCCAUGUUCGAACUUGACCUACACAUCAUCUAGAUACAACUUCUGACCAAGUUUGGUGAAGCUCUGAUGAAAACUACUUGAAUCAUUGAGCGGACACCUUACUCAAUGUUUAAAACGCACUGUGACCCCGUGGCCUAGUUUUUGACCCAACAUGACCCAUAUUCAAACUUGACCUAGACAUCAUCAAGAUACAACAUCUGACCAAGUUUGGUGAAGAUCGGAUGAAAACAACUUGAAAUAAAGAGCGGACAAUUAAUACGGACUGACGACCGACAGACAAGCUCGCUUCUUUAUAACCCCCUAAACUUAGUUUGUGGGGGUAUAAUAAUU